GCAAAGACGCUACCGUAAUGAUAUGUUCACGGCCCGUCUAGAUGUGUAUAACAUUUGCCUCGGCUAUUACAGGCCAAAAAUACCCAUUCAACAAGCUGAUCCCUCAGCCCAUACGAUGGCGACACCAACCAUUCUAAAGCACUUGGUACGCCUUGACAAAAACGCUAUCGUACCCGACCCAGCAUAUCAAGCUAUGCGGCACAAGAUAACAAAAGCUCUGCCCAUAGAGAUUAACGCUAUGAUCACGGCGGAAUUAGAGCCAUUCUACAACCUCAGUCGUGAGCAACUCACCUGCACGCGCGUGCUUCCGCCCGAAUGGUGGAAGGAGAAUCUAUUAAGCGGCAAACUAAUCCCGUCGCUGUUCGAUAUCGACGAGGGCUAUCCAUCCACGGUAAAGCAAAAGUUCACAGUUGAAAACCAUGAGCCUUUCGACAUAGAGAAAGACUUGGACUGGGAGCUGCUUUGUCGCCAGCUGGGCCAGAAAGACGUAUUCGAGCCGGGAGGCAUCCUGUUGGGAGCGAAAGGGCUCGAGAACGACGGAGAUACAAUAGUCGCUUGUUUUGUAAAUUUAUUCACCUCUACAACUUGUGAGACUCGGGCUAGUCAGUCGGGUUUCCAGGAAGAAUAGAAAGCAUGCUUUAUGUUUCUAAGACCAUACC